AUGUCCAGUGCUCACGUCGAGACUUCAUCUGGUCUUGAAGCGAAUGCCCACUUUCAUACCAAAACUUUCAUCUUGUUGCUCGCUGUCAAUUGUGUCUAUCUUGCGCAGACAUUCAACCUCGUGGCUUCCGGCUCACUCGGUCUGAGCAUCACGGCGGCUGUUGGAGGUCGCUCCAGUAUGGUGUGGCUCACCUCAGUGCUGGGAAUUAUGACUGUGGUCCUCAGUCCUCCAGUCAGCCAGGCAGCCGAUUAUUGGGGCAGAAAGUGGUUUCUUGUUGGCCUAACUAUCAUGGGCUGUGUGGGAUCUAUCGUGGUUUCACGAGCUGACUCGAUUGGGAUGGUCAUUGCUGGUCUGGCUGUGAGCGGUUUCUCAUAUGGUUGUCAGCCACUUAUCCAUGCGGUUAUUUCCGAGGUCCUCCCUCGCAAAUAUCGCUCCUAUGCUCAAGCGACGGCCAACAUGUCCAUAGCACUUGGUGCUAUUUGCGCCUUGCUUGUCGGCGGCGCGCUGAUCCAGAACCCUACCGCAGAAGGGUUUCGGACCUACUGGUACAUCACUGCCGGCGUCUAUGCCGCCACCGCCUUAGGCGUCGGUCUCCUUUAUAAUCCACCGCCGCGCGAGCUUCAGAUGAAUUUGACCCUUGGGCAAAAAGUACGUCGACUUGACUGGAUCGGUUUCGCACUCCUUGCGAUCGGGCUUGUACUUUUUUGUUUGGGUUUGUCCUGGGCACAAAAUCCAUACCCAUGGAAAUCCUUCAACGUCCUUGCCACGUUCCUGGUUGGCCUCGUCUUCACAGCAGGGUUGAUCAUAUAUGAAUGGCGAUUUAGGGGUGAUGCCAUGAUCUGCAUUUUCUGCGAAGGAAUUACCUUCUACUGUGCCAACAACUAUUUCGCAUUCGAAGUUAGCUUGUUUUACACGACCAAUCCGUUGUCUGUCGGGCUCCAUUACAGUAUCACCUUCUUCGCAUUUCUAAGCUCUGCCCUUGCCGCUGGUGUGUACUGCUGGAAGACAAAAUCUCUUCGCCUUCCGACAUGCUUUGCCUUUGGACUGAUCCUCGUCUUCAAUAUUCUGGUGGCAACAGCCAACAAGAAUACAGCUGUGAGAAACAUCUGGGCUUAUCCAUUGUUUCUAGGUGCCGGUCUCGGCAUAGCUCUGACGGCUUUGAUGGUGGCAGCGCAGUUCUCGACGCCAGCCGAACACAUUGCCAUUGCGUCUGGUCUGAUGAUCUCGGUCCGCAGCCUAGGUGGCACUAUAGGUCUAGCCAUUUACAAUGCUAUAUUCAACGAUUCGCUGUCCAGAAACUUGGCAUCCAAAAUCGCAGCGGCUACCUUACCUCUCGGUCUCCCUGACACAUCCCUUGGGCCGUUCAUCGGCGCGCUCGCAGCCAACAACAUCACGGCGCUUGGUGAAAUCACACGAGGAAACACUACUAUCAUUGGAGCAGGGGCCAGUGCAUUGCUAGAUGCAUAUGCGGUCGCAUUCCGCAACGUAUGGAUCGCGGCAGGAGCCUUUGCUGCCCUGGCAGUUCUUGUGUCGAUAUUCAUGACCGAUCCACGUGCCGAGUUUAACGCUCGUAUUGAUGCGCCCGUCGAAGUUGAAGCUAAAGUGUAUACGGAGGACAAUGUCUCAAUUGUUAAACCAGCACCUCACUUUCAUAGUAUACUAAGCAAUAUAAACGUCUAG